AUGUCUUCUCCAUUUCCCCUCCUCCGUCUUCCUCGAUUGGUCCUGUUCGAUGUAUUCAAAUCGUUGAGUAUUGGAGAGAAAAUCAAGCUCUCCCUCUGCUCCAAGAAAAUCUCUACUCAAAUCAAUAAUGCUCGUUUGUACUCUCAAACUGUUAUUGUCGAUCUUGACUGUUUAAGCCACAAAAUCAGUGUUCACUUUGAAAAUAACAAAGACACAUUUGACAUUUUCAGUUAUCUAGAUACCUGGAAAGGUCACAAUUCAAAUGCUCAACAAUUUUCUAUCACAUGUUGUACUGUCGCAGUUACCUCUAUCCAAAACGGCAUCCAAAUAUUCUGGAAAAAUCGUCAAGAAGGAUUUCUAUCUGUUAUUCAACAUCUAUCACAGAUGUUUCAAUGCAAGAUUUCCACUAGUUUUAAUUGUCAUUUUAGUGAUUUAUUACAACCAACAAUUUCAAAGUUGUUUGAUCUACAACUGGAAUUCAAGAUGCUCUGUAUUUGUCUUGAUGGAUCGAAAGAUGAAAACUUGUUUAACCAGAUAUCCAGUAAUUUGAAAUUAGUUGAGUAUCUUAGCAUCUCAUCUAGUUUCAAUACUGGUUUCAAACCAGUUUUCACUUCAUGGCCACAAAAAAUUAGUAUCACGAGUUCCGCUUGGUUCACUCUUGAAUAUCUCUUGGCGUGCACUUCCACUACAAUUACACUCGGGUGGUCACAUUUGAAAAACAAGGAUUUGGAUGAGAUACUCAAGAAUUGGAAGGCUGGAGAAUUUCCGAAUCUCGAGCGUCUGAAGAUCCAGAGUCGAAAUAUCACAAGUUUUGGAGCGACAAUUUUGGGAAUGAAUUUGAGGGAAUUAAACGGAAUGGUCAUCCAAACUGAUGAUGGAUCAAAAAAGGCAACUAUAAAACUAGACUUCGAUACUAUUGAAAUGUCUGUGACUUCAUUUUAA